UUGUCUCUCAUUUGGAAAUCACGCUGUCAUCUUGCUUUAGAAUACACAUGGAUGGGCGUAUGCCAGGGAGAUGUUGGCAUGGAAAGAUGUGAAGGCUCCUGAUUGCAGCUUGUAUUUAUGGACUCUCCUUUUCUCUUCCCCUCUAGUUACCGUGACAGUGGGAGGCAAGCAACACUUGCUCGGACUAUAUGACACUGCUGGACAGGAGGACUACAACCAGCUGAGGCCUCUCUCCUACCCCAACACGGAUGUGUUCUUGAUCUGCUUCUCAGUGGUAAAUCCUGCCUCUUACCACAACGUCCAGGAGGAGUGGGUCCCGGAGCUGAAGGACUGCAUGCCUCACGUGCCUUACGUCCUCAUAGGGACCCAGAUUGAUCUCCGUGACGACCCCAAAACGUUGGCCCGUUUGCUGUACAUGAAAGAGAAGCCUCUCACGUACGAGCACGGCGUGAAGCUUGCAAAAGCGAUCGGAGCCCAGUGCUACUUGGAAUGCUCGGCGCUGACGCAGAAAGGCCUCAAAGCGGUGUUCGACGAAGCCAUCCUCACCAUCUUCCACCCCAAGAAGAAGCAGCAGCACUGCUCCGAGUGUCACGGCUGCUGCUCGAUUAUCUGAGGCGCCCUGAGGCCCGCCUCCACCCCAUCUCCGGGUGACACUGGCAGCCAGCCUCUGCGACCAAGCCCAAGCCAACGAGGAGGGCAUGACCAGAGGGAAGCCCUGCACCCAGAGGCUGCUUCUCCGCCCCUCGAGCCCUGCGGCGCACAGCCCACCCCCAGCCCCGGCCGCGACCUCCCCAGCAGCCCGAGCGAGCACACUGCUCCCUCCAGGGAAUGCGGGCCGGGGCCUCAGCCAGUGACUUUGGCCACGUCGAAGCAAAGUCAAGGACUGCCUUGCAUCCCCCCUCCACGAACGUGACGCUGAUGGGAAAUCGCGGCAGGAAAACCAAAAGACGCACUCGGUCCCUGUUCUGGCGGCCUUACUUCAUGUCUUUUCCAAAACAUGGGAAUACAGUACUAACCCCUUUUUCUGAGGCGCUGUUCUACCUAUGUGUCUUACAUGCCUCUGUAUUAUUUUAAGAAAUUUACUAAUUUACCAGUUUACCCAAGCCUUACAAAUCUAUACCAAAUUAGCCAAACGGCAAAGUCUUUUAUACUCAUGUCUAUCUUCAGACUGUUUCUACCAAAGUGGUCAGAACCAACCCGUACCUCUGAAUGCCUGACUCUAAGGAGAGACAAGAGGACGUUAAAACUUUUGGAAAUUUCAGAGCCUUCAUUUUUGAACCUGGUUGAAAGAAAACACUAUCUGAAUUGUUGCAGGUUCCAUUUUUGCCAAAGAUUCAUCCUGGAAAUGCUUACGUUGAUAGGGAGCGUUCUUUUUUCUGUAUUAUAUUGUCAUGGCAAAUUAGGGAUGAACUGUGUUUAAGAAAGUAGUAUUCUUGCUUUUCAAUCAAAUUGAUUGGGGGAAGAAUAUGGCAGACUUAUCAUGUGAAAUAUUCUUUAUUCAGCAAAGUGAACUUUCCUGCUCCCUCCCUUCCCCUUUCUUCCCUUGAUUUCACACUUUCUCCCAUGCCCAAUAAGAACCUGGUCUAAAGGAAGGGCCUGAAAGGGUUAGAAUUUAAUUGUCCCCAAAAGUUAAGCAAAGUGCCUCAAUUUUUCCUCUAGCUCCAACUGAAAGUACAGUUGUCCCCCAACCUUAUCUGUGGUUUCCCUUUCUAUGGUUUUAGUUACCCACGGUCAAUUGUGGUCUGAAAAUAUUAAAUGGAAAAUUCCAGAAACAAACAAUUCAUAAGUUUAAAAUCUCACGCUGUUCCGAGUAGUGUGAGGAAAUCUUGCACCGUCCACUCUGCCCCUCUUGGAACAUGAAUCAUCCCUUUGUCCAGCGUAUCCGCACAGUAUAUGCCACCUGCCCAUUAGCACUUGGUAGGCGUCUCAGUUAUCAGAUUAACUGCCAUGGUGUUGCAGUGCUGUGUUCAACUAACCAUUAUUUUACUUAGGAAUGGCCUCAAAGCGCAAGAGCAGUGAUGCUGGGAAUUUGGAUAUGCAGAGAGAAGCUGUACAGUGCUUCCUUUAAGUGAAAAGGAAUGUGUGAAUAAGAAAAAAACAUAAUAUAUAUAGGAUUUGGUUUCAGGCAUCCACUAGGGUCUUGGAACCUACCCCUGCAGAUGUGGGAGACAACUGUGCUUCUCAACUUGCCCCACGGAAGCUCCCAUUCUAUUUAAAUGACAUUUUCCAAGUAGAACUGGUACUAAAAUGUUGCCUCUCCCUAUUUCCCAUACUCAUUGUCCCAAAUGUGUAUUCAGGGGCUAGAUCUGAGUACUAAGCUCUGGAUCCAUUUAUCCCCCGCUUUUCAAAAUGACGUGCCCCAUAGAACAGGGACUUUGGCCUUGCGCAAGUAAAAGCCCCCAAGAAGGAUUUGGGUCCUUUCUGUGUGACUCUUCCAAACAUCCAGGGAUCUUUUAUCACAGAGUGAGUUACUUCCUAGCUUUUAAUUACAGACUGCAGAGGCUUCUAAUUAGUCUCAUUUGCCUACAAUUACCCUAGAAACACCCAGGUAGGCACUUUAUUUUUAUUCCAAUUGCAUAAGCGAAGUGCCUCUUUGCAGCAUGAAAUUACACCAAUUUUAGUUAAGAAUUUCCAGAUUCACACUCCUUUCCUUACAAAAAUCCAGUCCUUCUAGUCUCUUCUGCUCCUGGAGGAAGCACAUAAAAACAGGAGCUUACAGUGUGGGUCUUUCCUGUUAAGACCUUCUGUGACACCCCCUCAGUGUUUUGGGUUUUAUUUGUUUGUGUUUUAGAAUUUCUGAAAUGUGUUUCCCCUUCUUCCACAUCUCAAAUUCUAUUUCCCUUCUCCCCCAUCUAGUUACUAAACAUUCUCUUAAAUACACACACACAUACACACAUACCCCAAGCUAGAAGAAAACGGGAGUUUUGUAAGUCAAAGCUUGACAAGAAAACAAGGACUUUAUACCUUUGUAAAUGGAAAUCAAUCAUGUAUAAACUUAACUCUGCCAAGGUUAUAAAUUCAUUCUUUACAAACAAUAAUGAGCAUUUAGCCCUGUAAUAAACGAAGUGCCAUUAGCCAGUUUUGUUACAUUAUUGCACAGUUACAUUUUGCUAGAGGGCCGCUCCUCACUUUUCACUGAUGCAGAUGAAAAUUUGAGAGCAGUAUGUUUGCUCGGCCAGAGAGAAUUGUCCAGAUGUGUGCACUCGACAGGCAAAUGGUUCCCUAGGCCAUCACCUCCCCAGAAGGCUGCAGGAAUGAACUGGGUCCCAGCGGGAAGAUCACGCUCUCUCCCGAACCAGAACCCAGGGAGACGGUUGGUGUGAGGGUGCCGCACAGGCUCCUAGAGGUCUAACGAGCUAAUGAUUGAAUAAAAUCCUGAAGAACAAA